AUGACCCAACAUCUGUCCGAAGUGAUAAGGCCAGGCCGUGUCGCCAUGCAAGAAAUAAUUCGUGAAGGCCUCUGGAAGAUUCAAGGAGAUCAAAUCAACAUCAAUGGGGAUCCAGCCAAAAGAGAGAUCCGCUAUCUGAAGGUCAUUUCCAAGAGCACCACUUGACUCUAAGAUGGAUUUCAUAGCAACUGUGUGUUUAGGGACAAAUGCAAUCAGUUUGGUUCGCUUUAUCUGCGCCUUACGAUCAACUUCAGCAUGAUCAAGAACAGUUUGAACGGAAUUUCGAGUAGGUGAGAUGACAUAAACUAAUCUUGAAAAAGAUGCCUCAGGGGGUAACUCUUGGAUUUUGAAGAUCUUUUUCACCCCCAGGCUGGAGAGAAAAUGCAUUGAAACAGUGCGAUCCAUGGCUCUAAGCAAUCCGGGCUCAAUGAGCAUGUAUUUAUCUCCUGGCAGCUUUUUUAG